AUGGGGGCUCGGAUGAAAAUGAUCUCAGAGCCCACUAACUAUAAAAUCCUGUAUCCGUGGUUAGGUGUUGCAGAUGUGUAUAAGAGACAGGAUUUGGAGCGUGGACAGACAGAUAUCUUCAACGUCAAAGGUAUAAGCAGUGACUUUGGCGACGUGGCUGCCAUAGAUAUCUGUAAUAAGGGUAAAGACCGAGUCAAAGAUGAUUGGUUUGCCGAGUGGGUGUCCGUUGUUAAGGGAGAUGAAGAUCUAUUUCAGUUUCCUCUAAACCGGUGGAUACGAGCGGCUGAUGGCAAGUUAAGAUUUCAGCGAAACGAUAGUUGUCUUCCGCAGUUCUCUACGGAAAAGGAACAACGAGAAAAAGAGCUUGCUGCUAAACGGCAGCUGUAUCAGUUUUCCACUGACGACGCCAUUACCAUUCCUCGCCAGGUGAAGAUGUUACCCCCAGACGAAAAAUUCCACCCUGAAUACGAUAAUUGGAAAGAAAGUACGUUAAAAAACCUCAAAUUACAAGUUCUCCUCAUCAAACACACAACGAAAGAGUCCCUUGACAUCAGCCAACUUCAAGACCUUUACAAGUUCGGUUUCGACGUACCACGGGGUGUUGACAACUGGGAGUCUGAUAAACAUUUUGGUAACAACCUGAUGAAUGGUACAAAUCCUUACCGUAUUACACUGUGUAAAGAAAUACCUAAGAAGCUGGCCGUCACCGAGGAAAUGCUAGAACCGUCGUUGUGUGGAUUAACUAGUUCGGAAGCAAUUGAUCAGAAUCGGCUUUUCUACAUUGAUUACAAAGACCUCGAAGGAAUCCCUGAGAUAACCUGCCCGAUCGCUUUGUUUUUCGUGGAUGAUGACGAUGAUCUUAUGCCUGUUGCCAUUCAACUUGAACAAGAGCCAGCAGACGAUAACCCAGUUUUCCUCCCAACCGAUAAUAAGUACACAUGGAUACUUGCCAAGAUGUGGUUUAACAUGGCCGAUGCCUCUUUUCAUGAAGCAUGUUCACAUUUGUGUUACACUCACUUAGUAACUGCGUCGUCGGGCGUGGCUUUCCAUCGGAACCUCUCUCCCUCUCAUCCACUCUACCGACUUAUGUUGCCUCAUUAUAAGAAUGUUAUGGCAAUAAACGACUUUGGAUUUGAGAGACUUCUGAUGGAAGGUGGGGCAUUCGAUCGUCUCUUCAAGAUGAAACUAAAAGGCAGUAUGACGCUGAUGGCGAAGGCUUUCAAAAAUGAGUGGAGCUUCGACCGUGAUGCAAUGUAUCCUAAUCAGAUAAAACACAGGGGAGUCGAAGAUCCAAAAAUAUUGCCUAAAUAUUACUAUAGAAAUGAUGCUCUUUUGUACUGGGACGCCAUUGUAAAAUACGUUUCAGGCAUCGUCAAUGCUCAUUAUGAUGAGCCAAAGAAAAUCGAAGAUGAUUGGGAGCUACAGAAUUUUGCAACUGCUCUGCAUUCCCCAGACGGCUGUGACUUCAGGGGACUUCCAGGUGAUGGGAAGUUUACAGAUAAACAACAGGUCAUUGAAGUGGUAGCAACGAUAAUCUUCAACCUGAGUGUACAGCACGCUGCCGUGAACUUUGGCCAGUAUGACCAACAUGCUUUCCCACUUAUGUAUAGUGGAUACGUUUCAGGUGAUAGACCCCGUGACAAAAGAAACCGUACUGAGGAGGAUAUUAUCGACGCACUGCCGCCAAAGAUAUUAACCUUGGGGACACUGGUUAUUAUGAAGUUUCUUAGCCUUCGUAACACGAGCCCUUUAGGGGAGAUUGAAUCGCCCUGCAUGUACGAUGAAGUCGGAGUUACUGCACACGCUCAAUUUCGUCGUGACCUCAAGAAAAUCGGGCAUGCGAUCGAGGAGCGCAACCGACGGCGCGAUAUUCCUUACACAGUUCUGCUCCCAUGCAACGUUCCAAACGACACCAGCAUCUGAGAAGACACUAAAUAAGUCAACGGUGGUGUUGGUGUGAUUUUUUUGGGCAAUGAGCUGACUAUGGAUAACUCAGUAAAAAUAUUAAUAGAAAUGUGAUAUCACUAAAAGAUGGAACGUUUGUGAAUAUAAAAUAUAACACUUUGCCUAUACUAAUUAAUAAUCAAUUAUUAAAAAAUAUAUUGCUUGUACAAAAAAAAAUUUGGC